AUGUAUGGCCCCAUGCUCGCCGCCUUUGCUCGGCCCGAGCAUAGGCAGGCGCUCACCGAGCUUGCGGGCGCGAUGUCGGGCGCCGCGUGCCGCGAGAUGUGGACAGCGCUCGGCAGCUGGCCGGCGGGCGGGGAAGGCGCGGGGGCUGCUGCCCCGCGGCGGCAGGGUCAGCGGCAGGUGCUUGUCGUGGAGGACGACCAGCAACAGCAGCAGCAGCAAAAGGUUGAAAAUGGGGUGGCGCACUGCGAUGAGCAGCGGGCGUCCGCGUCCGGGAGUGCGCCCCUGCUGCACCGAGGCAGCCGCAGCAGCAGCGCGGGCACACUGGGGGGCGAGGACGGCGGCAGCGGCAGCGGCAGCGACCCUAGCACCCCUCAGAGCGGCCCGACAACGCCGGAGCCGUCCCUCUUGGGGGCGCCGCUCACCCUGCGCCACCCCUUCUCGCCCCUCCGCCGGCGCCGCGGGGCGGCGCUCGCUGCGGUACAGCAGCAGCAGCAGCAGCAGCAGCAGCAGCAGCAGCAGCAGCUCGGGGCCGCCGUCGCGCCGCCGGCUUCCGCCCUGGGCACGCAGGCGUCGCCCAAAGCGGCGUCGGGGCCCGCAGCGUGGAUCGUCGCGGCGUGCGCGCACGCGUCGCGCUCUCCUGAAGUCCGCAGCCUGAUACUCGACAUGUCCCGCUCCAGCACGCGCGAGUUUGUGCGCUCGCUCCUUCCAAGGUUCUGGACCGGCGCCGGCGGCGGCAGCGGCGGCAGCGGGAGCGGGGGCGGGUGGCUCGCCGCGGGCGACCGCCCGGCGGCGGCGGCGGCGGUGGUGGAGCUCCGUGCGCGGCUGCACCGCAUGCAGGUGGUGGUGAUGGUGAUGAUGAUGGUCGCGGCGUACGCGCUCGUGGGGCGGGUCGUGAUGCUGGCCAGCGCCGCGGCGGCGUAG